UUAAAAAGAAGAAGAAAAGAGGGAGCGAAACAUGAGAGGCUGUGUGAGAAGCUGCAGCCGCCGGCAGAGGAGACCUCAGCAUCCUCCAGAGCCCCGCGCCCUCCCGGCCUCCGCCUGCCCCGCCGCCGGCGCUGCGCCUGCUACUGUCUCACCUAAACAGCGCCCGUCACGCGGACAAGUGAACCUCUGCGAACGUUUCCUCUUCUUUCUUCUCCUCUCCCAAGUCGUUCUCCUCCUCCCACUUCCCAGGCGCAGCGGAAAGCCCCUAACCCAACUGACACUGGCACGACUGCAGGCGGUGUCAUCUGCACAACUUUAUCUGGCUGCUGGGGCUCCUCCAAGGCGCUGGACCCAUCGCCUCGUCUUUUAUUUAUUUAUUAUUCCUUUUUUUGCAAAGUUGCAUCGCUCUACCUAUUUUCGCCCCUGCCACCUCCCUCCGGCUCGCGAGUGUCCCAGCGCCCGGCAGCCUCCCCCGGGAGCCGCGCCCGAGUGGCCCUGUGGGCAGUGGGUUCCCCAGCCUCCCGCGGCCCCCCGCUGCUCGCGGCAGACGAUGCUGAAGAUGCUGUCCUUUAAGCUGCUGCUGCUGGCUGUGGCCCUGGGCUUCUUUGAAGGAGAUGCUAAGCUUGGGGAAAGGAGCGAGGGGAGCGGCUUGAGGAGGAGAAGGUGCCUCAAUGGGAACCCCCCAAAACGCCUGAAAAGGAGAGACAGGAGGAUGAUGUCCCAGCUGGAGCUGCUGAGUGGAGGAGAGGUGCUGUGUGGUGGCUUCUACCCUCGGCUGUCCUGCUGCCUGCGAGGUGACAGCCCGGGGCUGGGGCGCCUGGAGAACAAGAUAUUUUCUGUCACCAACAACACAGAAUGUGAGAAGUUAUUGGAGGAAAUCAAAUGUGCGUUUUGCUCUCCACAUUCUCAGAGCCUUUUCCACUCACCUGAGCGAGAAGUCCUGGAGAGAGAUCUAGUACUUCCCCUCCUCUGCAAAGACUAUUGCAAAGAAUUCUUUUAUACCUGCCGGAGCCACAUUCCAGGUUUUCUUCAAACAACUGCUGAUGAGUUUUGCUCUUACUACGCAAGAAAAGAUGGUGGGUUGUGCUUUCCAGAUUUUCCAAGAAAACAAAUCAGAGGACCAGCAUCUAACUCCCUGGACCAGAUGGAAGAAUAUGACAAAGUGGAAGAGAUCAACAGAAAACACAAACACAACUGCUUCUGUGUCCAGGAGGUUGUGAGCGGGUUACGGCAGCCUGUUGGGGCCAUGCACAGUGGGGACGGCUCACACCGGCUGUUUAUCCUGGAAAAGGAAGGCUACGUGAAGAUACUCACCCCAGAAAGAGAAAUAUUCAAGGAGCCUUAUUUGGACAUUCACAAACUUGUUCAAAGUGGAAUAAAGGGGGGAGAUGAAAGAGGACUGCUAAGCCUUGCAUUCCAUCCCAAUUACAAGAAAAAUGGAAAGCUGUAUGUGUCUUAUACCACCAACCAAGAGCGGUGGGCUAUUGGGCCUCAUGACCACAUUCUCAGGGUUGUGGAAUACACAGUAUCCAGGAAAAAUCCUCAUCAAGUUGAUCUGAGAACAGCCAGAGUGUUUCUGGAGGUCGCAGAGCUCCACAGAAAGCAUCUGGGGGGACAGUUGUUCUUUGGUCCUGAUGGCUUUUUGUACAUCAUUCUCGGGGAUGGGAUGAUCACACUGGAUGAUAUGGAAGAAAUGGAUGGGUUAAGUGAUUUCACAGGCUCAGUGCUGCGGCUGGACGUGGACACAGACAUGUGCGUUGUUCCUUACUCCAUCCCACAAAGCAAUCCCCACUUCAACAGCACCAACCAGCCUCCAGAAGUGUUUGCCUACGGGCUCCAUGACCCAGGCAGAUGCGCUGUGGAUCGACAUCCCACUGAUAUAAACAUCAAUUUAACAAUACUUUGUUCAGAUUCCAAUGGAAAAAACAGAUCAGCCAGAAUCUUACAGAUAAUAAAGGGAAAAGAUUAUGAAAGUGAGCCAUCGCUUUUAGAGUUCAAGCCAUUCAGUAACGGUCCUUUAGUUGGUGGAUUUGUUUACCGAGGCUGCCAAUCUGAAAGACUGUAUGGAAGCUAUGUGUUUGGAGACCGCAAUGGGAAUUUCUUAACUCUUCAGCAAAGUCCAGUGACCAAGCAAUGGCAAGAAAAACCACUGUGCCUUGGCACCAGUGGUUCCUGUAGAGGCUACUUUUCAGGUCACAUCUUGGGAUUUGGCGAAGAUGAAUUAGGUGAAGUUUACAUUUUAUCAAGCAGUAAAAGUAUGACCCAGACUCACAACGGAAAGCUCUACAAAAUUGUGGAUCCAAAAAGACCUUUACUGCCUGAGGAGUGCAGAGCCACAGUACAACCUGCACAGACCCUGAGCUCGGAGUGUGCCCGGCUCUGUCGGAACGGCUACUGCACCCCAACGGGCACCUGCUGCUGCAGUCCAGGCUGGGAGGGAGACUUCUGCAGAAUCGCAAAAUGCGAGCCAGCAUGUCAUCAUGGAGGUGUCUGUGUUAGACCGAACAAGUGCCUCUGUAAAAAAGGAUAUCUUGGUCUUCAGUGUGAACAAGUGGACAGAAACAUCCGCAGAGUGACCAGGGCAGGUAUUCUUGAUCAGAUCAUUGACAUGACAUCUUAUUUGCUGGAUCUAACAAGUUACAUUGUAUAGUUUCUGGGACUGUUUGAGUAUUCCUUCCAGUGGGCAUUUAUUUUUUAUCCUGUCAUUAAAAAAAGACUGCUAUCCUGUUACACACUCCUGUGAUUUCAUUUUCCUUUAUUAAUUUAAAAAUAAUUUACCAAAAUGUACAGAUCCUUUAUGUGUAUGUUGGCAUGUCUGUUCACAUACACACGUACACACCCACACUCACGACCCCUAUAGGUGUGGUUGAAAAAGUGGAUUCUAGAAAUCUAUGUACUUCAUUGUGCAGAGUUAUUUACACAAAAGUUCCAUUGUAAACUGAUAAUAGAAUUUUUAUGUUUCCAGAAGAGAUUAUUUGACUUCCCAAGAAUUUUCUGUCUGUAACUACUAAAAUCAACGUUAAUGGAGUUUUGAAACACUACUGUGCAAUCUGAUGGAUCUAAUAAAAGAAAAAGCAAUAUUUUUAUAUUAAAGGACUAUAUGAGAGAAUGUUUCAGAACUCCCUGAUGAAUUUCUAAAUGAGCAACCUGAUACAAAGUUGUAAUCUUCAUUUUUAUCAAUGUAUUCAAUUACAGAAUGUUAUGCACUUACCUUUUUAUUUGGCAGGGCGAUCUGGUUACUUCAGCCUAAUCUCAAGAUUGUUUUUAAAUGUUUUAUAAUUAAAUCAUAACAGCAUAUUUUAAAAUCAAUCUUCCUGAAAGGUCUGCUUUUAUUGUAUAUUUUAUUUAACAAUAGGCACUGGGUUUGUGUUACAUAUUUAUAUUUUUUAUUUUAUUUUUAUAAUAUAGACAUCACCUAGAUGAAACACCUUUAACCUGUCCUGUAAAAUACUAAAGUUACAUUUUUCACCAACUUAAUUUUAAAGAAGGGGAGUGAGAAAACAAACAGUCUUUAAUGUGCUGUGGAUCUAAUCUAGCAGUGUGUCUCCUUUUGCCAACACGUAAUCGUUAAUGACGGAUGAGAAAGCGAGAAAACAGCCAAUUCCCAUAAAAUUCCAGCAUUAAACAUUUGUAAAAUGCCUUUCACCAUAGCAAGACUGUCAGAGUAUAUGUGCUUAGAAUGUUGCAUAUUUCACACUGAAUCAAAAACUCACGGAGAAGAGCUCAUUCGUUUUUAUCCAAGCUUGGUUGUAUAAGCCGUCACUUGUACAAAAUUUUAAUAUAACUCUUGCUGAAUAUGACUUUUAAUGUAUAUGCUCCUUCAGAACUCAAUGAAAAUACUAUUUGGUUAAUGUAUCAAUAAAUUUUCUGUAAAAAUUCACUCAGGUUUUUAAGAGAUGACAUUGUUCUAACUUACAACUGCCAAGAGUCUGGUAGACCUUUUUCUUAAUGGUUUUGGCCACUGCUCACAUAUUUGGAUGUUAACAAAAUUAUAAGGCCUCUUUGCACUGCUGAAAAGACACCUCUACUCACAACAAGAGCACACCCACUCUAGUUGUCCUGUAAGCAUCCAGAAUCUAAAUUGUAGAAUGGUGUAGUUUAUGCAGCACUGACUGACUUUCCAAACUUCCCCUUAAGAAUAUGAGCCUCAAUUAAAUAAUUUUUAAAAUCUGGUAGCCAGUAUUUCUCUAUUGUUCGAAAGAGAGAUUUGAAAUGAAAGCAGAGUGUGUUUAUAUAGAAACUAUAAUGUAAAAAAAAAGAUUGGUUAAGUACUCUGCUCUUGUCUUCCAUAUUUGAUUACCUAAGUUUCAAGUGACCUCAUGCCAAAUGGAAAUGGGUUGAGAAAUCUUGGUUCAGUGCUUAGUGAACAAUAGCCUGCAUUAAAAAGUGCAUGCAUAAUUUUGCACAAUUUAGCUUCAAUUGACAGUCUAUUCAAAGAAGUCUCAGGAUUAAAUGAGCAUGGAGACCAAAUUGCCCUCUUACCCCAGAAAAGGGGUGGUCCCUUCUAGGCUCACUAACACUUCAUUGGCCCAGCAGUGUGACAAAUCUUGCAAUGAACCAUGCAGUAGCCUGCAUCUGUAGGUUAAUAGCAAUCUUUUGUCUCCAGUGCUUUCUCUUCAUAGCCCUUUUACUGAAUUCCAUCACAGAAAGUUUUACAAUUAAAAAAAAAAAUGUCCUGACAACCAUUUUUGUAAAUGGAACUUACCAUCUAAUCAUCCCUUAUUCAAUGUGGGUGACAUUAACAAAAUGUGAACUUCUUGUGAGGGAGCCAGCUGUCUAAAUCUGUCAAAUUGUGUAGUUUUAUUACACAUUCUCCCAUUUAUACUUUGACUGAAAACAGUAACGGUUCUGCUGUAUAUUCAGUAAAAUCUUAAAACUCAAGUGUUUCUUCCUACAUCCUUAAUCUUUCUAUCUCUUUCCCCAAAUAAAAGGUGUUCUAUUGCCGUUCAUUCUGGUAUUCAAAGUAAUUUAUAUUAAAUUGACCAGACCCAGCAUUUUUUUAUAUAGCCCUUGCCCAAGUGAGUGAGUAUCAAGUGACAAAGAAAAGCAUGUGUCCCCCAGGUGUCACUGCCUUUCCUAUUGUGGGCUGUUAGAAUAAAAGGCCAAAUUCUUCUAAAAGGAAGAUAGCAAGAGCCAUGGAUAUUAAACACGCGCAAAGAAGGUGAAGUCAUUGGAGUCAUUUUCUUUUUCUGUUCUCCGAAAAAAAAGGAGAUGGCGAUGGUAAUUGAUGGCUACAUAUUUUAAACUAAGUGGCCAAUUAAAAAAUCUCUUUGACCCUUUCUUUCAAGUCGGUUUUUUAAAUGCCUGACUGGGAAAUUAUCUUCAGUGAUUCAUGAUGAGAGGCAGGUAGGAAUUGGCUAAAAAGGCAUGAGAAGAACAAUUAUUGUUUCAUCAUAUAAAAGACAAAAUCUGCCUAAUUCAUAAAGCACAUAAUGUAAAGUGGAAGAAAAAUGUCCCUGAUAUGAAUGCAUAUACGUUAGAUAAAGGUAAAACAAAAAAUAGGCAAUUUUAUCCAUUUAUCCAGUCUAGAGCUUAAGAUUUGGAAGUCCACUGCAUGUGAAAUGUUACUCUGGUUUUAGUUAACAGAUAAUCUUUCCGCCAUGUUUCUGCCAAACUUUUGUCCUGGUUCAUAGAACCUUGAUUUCUUGACCGUUAUUUAAGAUAAUAAAAUGAAAACUGAACUGACAGAUCUUUAAUGUGAAAGUAAAGAAAGACCAAGAAAACUAUGUAAGGCGCUGGGGGUUUAGCUCAGCGGCAUAAGUGCCUGCCUUGAAAGCAGGCAGUCGUGAGUUUGAUCCCCGGUACCGAUAAAAAGGAAAAAAAAGACAAAAAAAAAAAAAAAGAAAAAGAAAACUAUGUAAUGGCAAAAGUGCUUCUAUCAAUAUCUUUUCCUAGAAUUUUGUUUCCUUGUAGCCAUUGUAAAAUAUGGUUUCUAUUUUACCACAUAGGAUACUCAGACAUUUUCUCAUAUUGCUAGAGUCAUCCUAUAAUGAAAUUAGUGAAGAAAUUCAUGCAACACGCACACAGAGUCAACUAGCCAGAGAAUUCUGCCAUUCACAUGCCUCAGAGCACUCGCUCCUUCCCUAUUUUCUCAUUUGAAGAUAAUCACAGAACCAAAAAUGAAUGAUUUGAAUCUAUAUUUUUAUGCUGUUUUGAUCUCUGAAACAAAUUGUACAAUAACCCUACCAAGUGUCAUAGGGUUAAAAGCCACAUCUAGGUUCUUUCAAAGUACACAUUAAUUUAAACCUUUGUUAGUCUGACUUCCUAAGUAUUAGCUUAAACUAUAAAAGUGAAACCAAGUCUACAUUUUUAAAAGGAACAACAAAAGUAUAGUUGUAGCUGGCUGAUUAACAAAUUAAAUUUGGAGGCUCUGUAUAGAAUGUUGCCUCUGACAUUUGGAUUGUCUCCCCCUUCUACCGCAGUCUAGCUCUUUCUCUUUCCCUGCCUUUUAGUCUUUCCUCUUCCUUCUCUCUCCUCUGUUCAUUUAUUUUCUGUUGGUUUUGAGUAAAUAGACUUGUCCUCAGUACAUUGGCAAUGGAGAUGUCCAAUGGCACGUAGCUGUGGAUUUUGCUGCUAAGAUAGAUUAUUUUCUUGGAAAGUAUCUUCUUCUGGUGUCACAUUUGCUGAAAAUAUCAUGAAAAAUAAUUGACAACAUACGAGGCCUAUUUAUUAAAGUCACUGAAGGAAAUAAUGAAAGCAUAUAUGACUGUCAAUCCAGGCCUUCCCAUGCCAUUAUUCUGUCUGCUCCAGGACAGCUCCUCAAGGGCCUGUACCAACAGUAGGAAACAGUAGUAGCUAUUUCCUACCCGAGUGUCAGCCAUUUUUAUGGACUCUACUCUGAAGAAUUUUGUUUUCCUGAAUCUAUGAGGAAAAACAUAAGUAGUUCCUCGGUGAACACUUCAGAAUCUUCUGUCCCUACCCCAGGAUGAGAUCUGAACUUGAAGAGAACUCAGAUGCAUGCCCAGCUAAUGUAUAUAUUUCUGCAUUACUCCCAGAAACCUGGUAGGGCUCUUACUGGGAGUGCUGAUGGAAUGCCACCAGACAGUUCCUCUUUAGAAUUCUGAAAGAGAUGCUUGCUAUUUUACCUUCUUUCUCUUUGGCACACCAACACAAACUGAUCAUACUUCCAAUUAAGAUGAUUUCUAGGAAGGUGGGAAACUAUACAUAGAAGUGUUCAGAGCCAUGGCCAUGGGAACGUCCAAACACCAGCCUCCGCCACCCCCUUCCUUCCAGCUCCUCUGAAUACAUUUAGGAAAUUUUCCUCAAAUAAUGUUAGGAGAAUAAGGCAUAGUCAUGGGAAUCUAAUAGAGCUGUUUCCUUAGGGCCAAUGAUUUCCCUAGAUGCUAUGAAGAGGUCUGUUCAUGUGUAAGAGGAACAUUUCCCUUGAACUUCUUAUAAGAUAGACAGACCCAUUAUUUCCUUUCGCAUAUACUUAUACAGAUCAAAUAUCAAUCAAUUUAAAAAAUUAAAAAUAAAUAAUAAAUUUUGUGCAUUGACAUAAAACCUUAUGCCUAAAACCUGUUUUUUGCUUUUGUUGUUGUCACACAACAGUGACAUUUUAAAAACUCUGGUACCAACACUGCCAUCAAUUCUAACAUUAACUCAACACUAAUUCUAUCAUGUACAUCAUGAAGUCAAAUGUCAUUUUUCAUAUAAGGUUUUUGCAAAUAUGUACAAUAUUUAUACUUAAGUCCAAAGUACACGUAAAUAUAUACACAAGCAGGUUAAUAUACAUAAAGAGUGAAUUACCUCAAUUGAUUUUACUCAUAGGUAAAAAAUACUGUAUCUUAGCACAGUACAAUUAGUGUGGAAAAACUGAUUAUUAAUAAUGAUGGGAAAUACAUAGUGGCUAAAUGUUUUCUUCACAGAAACCACUUCUUGUACAUUUCUUUCUGCAAUAAAAUAACUAGGCAGUAGUUUCCAUCCACAUGAAUAAGGUAUGAUCAGAUUUGGUGUGGUCUAUGCUAAAAUGUAUGUUAUACGCUUCUUCAUAUUAAAAUUGGAGAUGUGGCUUUCCUAGAAUAAAGAGUUCAGCCAGGAUAAAUGGCACACACUUAGCUGCUUCAGAGGCUAGAUGAGCCAGGAGAUUACAAGUUCAAGGCUACCCAGUAAGACCUUAUAUUAAAGUGAAAUCUUGAGAAGCGUGGAGGAUGUAGCUUAGCAGUAGAGCACUUGCCUAACAGACACAGGCUCCUGGGUUUAAUCCUGAGUGGCACAAAAAUAGAAAGAAAGAUGAGGACCUUAAGGGAUGAGAUAUUUCCCCUAUCUUAAUCAUUCACAGAAUAUGUUUGAAUAUGCAUUUCACCAAGAACCAUGAAAUAACAAGAUAAAUUAUACUAUUGAAUUUUUUUGGAACUUGAUUCCCUAGGAUACACUACAGUACUUUAUUUUUAAAAGACAUCUAAUUAACGUGAAAAAACUUCUGAAUUGUUACAGUUAAAGAGCAUGAAAGAAUACUGAAAGGAAAACCAUUUCUUCUCUGGCUUUAUUUGUGAUUAAUUUUGCCCAGUUUCAAAGAAUAGAUACCUGUUUCAUUUUUCUAACGUAUGUUAGUUUUCCUCAUUGUUCACUUUCCUUGAGGUUGUUGAAAAUUAAAGCUGUUUGUCCACAACAUUACUCACAGAUUUCAGAACUGAUCUAUGGAUUUCUGUUAAUAAGACUCAGAAGACCAUAGAAACAAUUAGUAAAAUCAGGUAUAGUUUCAAAGGAGCAGUUGGUAUAUGAACUGAUUAGAGUUUCUGUAAAUAUUCUGAAAGAACGGACAAACUGAUUGGCUCCCAUUACCCCUCUGAGUUCAAAAGAAUCUGAUUUGUUUCCAGAAGUUAUGAAACCUGCAAUUCUCUUUGACUGAUCUUCUGCUAUUCAACUUCCCAUCCAUUUAUUCUCAAAAACAUGUAUUGAAGUGCCUAGCAUGAUAAUGUGCUAUAGGAAAAGCAAGGACAUUUACAAGAACAGGUUGUGAUCCAGUGAGUAUGAUGAACAUGUUUGAAGCAAAAGACAAUUUCAUUUCCAAUCAGCUCCAACUCAGCUCGUUAGAAUCCAGCAGUAAUAGUACAGAUGACCUAAAGUACAUCUGUGUGCCUCUGUAUGUGUGCACACAACCAUGUAUAUAUAUUUAUCUAUCUGUACAAACACUACAAAUGUAUACACACUAUCUAUGUAAUAUAUAAUAUAUGUAUAAUGCAUAUAAAUUCUAACAAGUGUAUUUGUGUUAUCUUAAAAUAGAACAAUUGUAUCUUGAAGUGGUAAAUGCAGAGAAUCGGUUUUAUUGUUGAUCUGUGGAUUUAAUGAUUUUUAGGAAAAAAGGAUGUUUAAGUGUAUAAUUUUUUUCUUAAUUUAAUAUAUUUAUGUAAAUGCAUGCCUGAAAUUUGGUUAGAUUUGCUCUAUUUUGUGUCUCUUAACGUGAUCAAAUGUAUUAAACUUUAUCUUAUGACUUGA